GAUUAUGAAAAAUUACUUGAAAUUGAUAAAGGAUAUGACGUUAUUAUUUACGCUGGUGAAGAUGAAGUUGAAAUAUAUGCACAUUCACUUAUUUUAUGUAUUUAGGUCUCAAUACUUUCGAGCGGCAUUCUCUGAUGAAUGGGCAAAUAAAAAAGAUGGAAAAUUUAUACUUAAUAAACCUAACAUUUCUCCUCAAAUAUUAACAAUUAUUUUAAGGUUUAUUUAUUGUGGAAGGAUCAAUUUAACAGAAUUACAAGGUCCAGAAAUUUUAAAACUUUUGAUAGCAGUAGAUUAACUUUUAAUGUUCAAGUAUUAAUUCAAUGUAUUCAGGAUUAUUUAGUUAACUACCACUACGACUUUUUACAACAAAAUUCUAUGGAAAUUCUUUGAAAUUUGAAACUUUCACAAGUUUAUGGAAUUAUUGUUUUGAUAAAAUUUGUGAAAACCAGCUAUAUUAUUAAGAUCUGAUAAAUUUAUCAAUUUAAAAGAACCUUUUAUUAGAAUUAAAUAUUAAAACGGGAUGAUAUGGGAUAACUUAAUUAAAUGGAGUUUCGAUCAGCAUCCUUCUAUUCAGAAAGAUGCUAAGAAAUGGAAUAAAGAAGAAAUCACAAUUAUGGAAAGAACACUUCAUAAUUUUAUUCCUUUAAUUAGAUUUUAUCAUAUGUCUUCAGAGGGUUUUCUUUUAAAGGUAUAUCUUUUUAAUGCGUUACUACCUUAAGAUAUAAUUAAUAUUUACUCACAUUUCAUACGAAUUCAAAUAAGGAAUUAAAU